UAAUGAGGAUAAGGUAAGAAGAGGAGUGGUGGAGAGAGAAGUGUGGAUAAUGUUUGAGAGUUGAGAGUUAGAGAAGAAGAACAGUAGGAAGACCAAAGGCAACAAGAAUGGCUAUGGAUAUGGCUAUGGCUAUGGCUAUGGCUAGCUCUAACAACAUCUUCCCAUUUUCGCCCUAUCGACUCGUUAGAUCAUCGCCACCAUAUACAAGUAAAACUAAAUCAUCCAACAUUUCUUUAGCUGCUGCUGCUGCUGCAAGAUCUUUGCUGCCCAAAAGAUGCCAGAAGUGUGGAGGUAAAGGGGCCAUUGAUUGUCCUGGAUGUAAGGGGACAGGAAAGAACAAGAAAAACGGAAAUAUUUUCGAGCGUUGGAAAUGUUUCGACUGUCAAGGAUUUGGAUUGAAGAGUUGUCCUGAAUGUGGAAAAGGAGGACUCACCCCCGAACAAAGAGGAGAAAGAUAAUGUUUAUAUGAUGAUAUGUUUGGGAGUGAUUCUAAAAUGAUUAUAAUCAUUUUUGUCAUUUUUUAAAAACAUUAUAAAACAUGUUUUUAAUUAUUUAAAACCAAUUUGGAUGAAAUGAAAAUUACUUUUAGAAGUGUAAAAUUAAAUAUUAAAUUAAUUUUAAGUGAUUAAAUACAUGUUUCAAACCGAUUUUGAACCUGACAAAAAUACUUUUAAUAAUUUCAAAAUCACUCUCAGAUAUGCAUAGAACUCCCAAAUCCUUUAUAUAUAUAUGAACUUUGAAUUCUUCUUUUCCUAAUGCAAUGAUGUAUUUAUAUCUCAUAAGUUUUCUAAUUUUAA